UAUAUUACAAGGACAGAAACAACCAAAAUGACUCAGUUGUUAUUUAUACUGUCUUGAAGAGCACCAGAGAACUAUCGUGUAUCGGCUGCAAAGAAUUCAAAGUGUCUGGGGUGGAGGUCUCGCUCGCGGUGGGCUCUUCUCGAAAGGAGCGGAGGAUGGUCUCGCUCACUACGGUUUGAGCAGUGAACGGUGUAUGUGAGGUAUAAUGAACCAACAUCUCUGUUUUUCCGUCCACUAGAACCGAGAACGGCUCUACUUACAAUUCCAUGCAGCCUGAAAUCGCCUCACGCCCAGCUGAGCUCCCAGCAUGUCUCGUGUCUCCUCUACGGCGAAGCGCUAUACUGGCUCUUCUUAUACCAGUCACUACAGCUCAUAUGGCUCCUCCCUGACUCCAUCGCUGGGCUCCUAUGAUCGGGAAAAGCUGCCCUAUAAGAGCUCCUCCUCAGGCUAUUCCUCAAGCUACCUGAGCUCAAGCGCCAGCCGCUCCCACAACUACAGCUCUUCGUCCGAGCUGGACCGGGGUCGGCCUAUCCCUCGCACUGAUUUGCUGGGUGGCCAGCGCAGCGAGAGCCUGAGCCGCACACCGACAAAGGGCUAUGGCUCGGGCCUCAAUGGAGGCUUGGGAUACAGCAGCUACAGCUACUCUCCGGCCCCCACCAGCUACCUCUCCACCUCAUCUGUGUCCUCCAGCAUCUCCCUCAGUCGCAGGAAGUCAGUGAGUCAGAGUGAUUUGACGCACCAUUUAUCAGCUCUGGGCCUGAGGGAUACAUCCAACAGCAGUGGCCUGAAGCAGUCCUACCAGAGCAGAGGCACUGACGUUUCUGACACAUACGGCCAGCUACGCUCCAGCUACGGCUUCUCACGGAGCUCCACACAGGACAGUCUUGGCAGCAGCAGUCUGAAGAGCAGCAGUAGCCGAUUCUCCUCCAGCUGUCGCUCCACCUCACCAGUCAGAGAGUCUGUGAACUCAAAGAGUGCCCAGGGCCUGGUGGGUCUUCGUAAUCUGGGAAAUACAUGUUUUAUGAACUCCAUCCUCCAGUGUCUUAGCAACACACAGAGCCUGCGAGACUACUGUCUUCACAACUCCCACCACAGAGACCUCAACAACAACAGCCGCACAAACACUGCUCUCAUGGAAGAGUUUGCCAAGCUUAUCCAGACAAUGUGGACUUCUUCAAGCAGUGAAGCUGUCAGCCCCUCUGAGUUCAAAACACAGAUUCAGAGAUACGCCCCCAGAUUUGUGGGCUACAAUCAACAGGAUGCUCAGGAGUUUCUACGUUUCCUGCUAGACGGCCUGCACAACGAAGUGAACAGGGUCACAGUCCGGCCUCGGGGAAACAUGGAAGACUUUGAUCACUUGCCUGAUGAGGAAAAAGGGAAAAAGAUGUGGGCUAAGUACUUAGAGAGAGAAGACAGCAAAAUCGUAGAUCUGUUUGUAGGCCAGCUAAAGAGCUCUUUGACCUGCAGUGAAUGUGGCUAUUGCUCCACUGUGUUCGAUCCCUUCUGGGAUCUUUCCUUACCUAUCGCCAAGAAGGGCUAUGGAGAGGUGAGCCUAAUGGACUGCAUGCGGCUGUUUACUAAAGAAGAUGUGCUGGAUGGGGACGAGAAGCCGACAUGUUACAGGUGCAAAGCCAGAAGACGAUGUACAAAGAAAUUCACAGUUCAGAAGUUUCCUAAAAUACUAGUUCUUCAUCUGAAGCGCUUUUCGGAAGCCCGCAUCAGAACCAGCAAACUAUCCACUUUUGUCAACUUCCCAAUGAAAGACCUGGACCUCAGGGAGUUCGCCUCUGACAGAAGCAGUAAUGCAGUAUAUAACUUGUAUGCAGUGUCCAAUCACUCAGGCACAACUAUGGGAGGCCACUACACAGCGUACUGUUGCAAUCCUAAAAAUGGGGAAUGGUACACAUAUAACGACUCUAGAGUCAUGCCAAUGUCCGCCAGCCAAGUUUGCAGUAGUGACACCUAUGUGUUGUUCUAUGAGCGAGCGGGACUCUGAAGACGGAUGGUGGACAGAGAUAAAAUGCAGGACUCAAAGCCUUUGGGCUGAAGACACAUUACGCACUAUGCUGCUCACUCUGGGCCGUAAUGCAGGAUGAACAACGCUCUCUGCUGGCCACCGGGAGAAGUGCACACAAUGCCCUCUCACACUCCACUGUGUUAAAGAGGUCCUCUGCCUCUGUGUGUGCGUUCGUCAUCAGAUACAACCCAAGUGGCUCCGUCUCAGAUGUCUGUCUAUGCACUUGCAACCAAACUCUCAUCACAAUGCGCCUUCCUCUUGAUCAAGAAUGCCUCAAUAUUAAAAUCUUUUUCACUUGAUUUUUGUUUUGGAUCUUCUUCAUGUUUUUUAAGUAUAUGUCCUGAUGAUGAACCGGUUUGAGGUGCCCCCUAGCGGGCUGUUGAGGAGUUCAACAGUACACUUUGUUAUUGUCAUUACCUCUUCCACCAACUUUCGUCCCAUUCACCUUCCUCCACUCAUCAUUUCCGUGCAUGCUUUGUUCUCUCCUCCACUUCCUUCUCAACUACCUGAGGGAGUCACAGGCAUUUGUUGUGAAAGUCUAGUGGUAAGAGAAUGGCGUGUGGCGUGACUUUUAUUCAGUGUGGCUGCUACUGAUCUUUGAAAUGCUGUGAAUGGAAAUGUGGUCGGAAGGAUACGAGGAUGGGAGGAGAGCUGAUGCUGACUGUAUGUGGAUUCUUGAUCUCAUGCCAUUGAACAAUAUGGAAAGAAUGUUUUGCAAAAGAAAUAUAUUUUUAUAUAUGAUGCAAUAUAGAGAAUGUACUAUAUACAGUGGUGCUGAAAAUGACCCAUUACUGUUGUCCGCUAAUUUAACAGAGGUAAGAAAAUGGCAUUUAUUUAUGCUUACAGGUCAGGAGACAAUGUAAUACGAGUCGCACAGUGGCAAGGUAAAAAUCUAUACGCAUGUUACAGUCCUCUCAUGAGUUUGUGUUUUGACUUUGUUUUUCAAUUCAUAUGACCAGCGGCAUAUGAAAGAAAAGAUUAUAAAAUAAUAAGGCUUGAAAAAUGUUUAUUUGCUAUUAAAUAUUACAUAAAAAC